GCCAUCAGAUUGCAAGGUGCUUUUGCCUUCAAAAUAAGUUAAGUGGUACUUAUCGCUUCCGUAAAUGUAUUGCUGUGUAAAAAACAAUGUCAAGAUUCGUGAUUAAAUCAAUGAAUACAUUGAAAAUGUAGUGAACGAUUUUUAAUAGCACAUGAUACAUUUUCAUAAACGCUUAAAUAUGUUAGAAGGGGUUUUCUUUUGAAAGCUAGACCGGACGUAAUUUUUCUCUGACUGAAUUGACACCACCGCUAACAAUUCUUUUAUUUCAGGAAAUUAAUUCAAAUCGUUAAGAAUUUAAACGUUGUGACCGAGACAGGUGCGGACGGUCGAGCGGCCACGGAGGGUUGAGAGUGAACCGUUACCGACGCGCGCGCUCGCUGCUCGUUAGUGAACGAUGCGGGCAUUGCAUAGCACGUUUCAUUCAUUUGGCUAACGCUAGCUCUGCAGCAUCUACUCGCUCACGGUCAUUUAAUAGUCGCUGCUGUAUUUGGCAGCCCACCGCGUGUGUCUCUGUGAAUGUCUGCUGAAGUGAGACAUAACAGGAUAUCGUGUGUUAGCCAUUGAGCCCGUGUACCGUCAGCUCGCGUCAGUCUACCAGGUGAAUUAACGCUCGGCUAGCGAGGGGAGGUUCAUUUCAACCAGACGUUAUGGACUAUGAGCACAAGGCGAAGGAAGUGGGGGACUGCCUACUGGGCUACAAGAGGGACGAGUCCGGCUGGAAAGUCUGCAAGAAAUCGAAUGACGUGGUUGUGUCUUGGCGUCCCUCGUCGGAGUUCCCUGGGAAUGUUUAUAAGGGGGAGGGGAUUGUCAGUGGCUGCCCAGAGAAAGUGUGGGAGUGUCUGAAACCAGUACCCAACGGGCUCCGAGUCAAGUGGGACAACAAUGUCAAAAGAUUUGAGCUUUUGGAACAAAUCAAAGAGGACAUCUCCAUCUGCCGAACAGUCACGCCCUCAGCAGCUAUGGGUAUCAUAGCUCCACGAGACUUUGUAGACGUUAUUUUAGUUAAGCAAUACGAAGAUGGCACCAUUUCAUCAAAUGCCACCAAUGUGAGUCACCCGGGCUGUCCGCCCCAGUCUGGCUACGUGAGAGGAUUCAACCAUCCCUGUGGGUGCAUCUGUGUCCCCAUCUCAGGGGAGCCCAACAAGACCCAGGUGUUCAGCUUCUUCCAGACAGACCUGGGUGGCUACCUCCCUCGCUCCGUGGUGGACUCGUUCUUCCCCUCCAGCAUGGCUGAGUUCUACAGCAACCUGGCCAAGGCUGUGAAAUCCCUCAAGGACCUUUGACACUAAGAGUUGAGACUUUUACCUUCAAACCUGAGCCCGAUUCCUGGUCAGGUUUGUUGUAUUUUAAACAGUCCAAACUCGACACAUUGAGAUUAUUGAUCGCUGACUUCAAAUAGAUCCUAUCCAUGAUUUUUGUUUGUACAUUCCUAUAGUCCUGUGAUGCAGGAGGAAUCCAGUGAAUCUUCAACAGUCAACCCUCUUAUUUGAAAGCAGUUUAUGCACAACAAUCAGAAUGAGGGCUUGCAUUUGACUAAACCUGCAUCUCAAACUCCAGUCUCUCUUUACAUCUCCUGCAGUGGAAUUCAUUAAUUAAGUAAUUAUCUAUAUUUGUACGUGCUCUUAAAUAACAGUGCUUUUUACCAUGCUGAUUGAGACACUAGACACGUCUUCUUCUUAUAAGCUCAUACUUCAGUGUGUACAGUAAACAUGCAUGUUGCAUGGACUUUAUUUAUCCUAUGCUGGUAUCAGGUUGUUGGUUUGGAGUACUGGCUCAUACCUCAUAAUUUGUUGUUCUUGAACUGCCAUUUGUUUUCCAACUCACCUGUAAACUCUGAUUAUCUGCCUCUUUAAUCCUUUAUACUGAAGCACAAGUGGGUAAAUAUGGCAUGUUUUAUGCUGCUCUUUUGAGCAGAAAAGUAUCUUGUUUUUUUCAUGCCAGUGGUUUCCAAGUAAUGGACGGUAAAUGGACUGUACUUGUGUCGCGCUUUUCUAGUCUUCCGACCACUCAAAGCUCUUUCACACUACAUGUCAUCAUUCACCCAUUCACACCCAUU